AUGUUCAACGCCGCCCUCAUCAGCCUUCACUGCGGUAUCCUCCCUCGCGUCCUCUUCAAUGUCAACCUCGGCUUCCUCAUCACCACCAACCUCUUCAAUGUCAAAUUUGGCUUCCUCGUCAGUAUUACCACCGAUCUCAUCAUCGGUCCCCCAGACCACCUCAACGCCUACCUCUACUUGCGUCCCUAG